GGGUCCCGAGCAGUGACUGAUUGGUGUCAGUGGCUGGCAUCCAAGGGGCUGAACUGGCAAAGCACAGAAGUCUCAGAGAGGGAACCUAGAAGCAUCCCAAAUUCCUCAAACCAGAGCCAGCACAGAUGUGAGCCCCGGCAAGAUGAAACCCUGCGGCUUCGAUGGACUCAGGAGGAGGAAACCAGACAAUGGAAGAUGUAGCCAGCUGGGGAUGGGAUGGGGGCCAGCCUUCCUCUGACCUCACCACCCUCAAUCGGCCCCGCCUCUACCCCUCCCGGCGCAGCCUGGAAGUGCGGAGUGAGAGCUCCUCCUAGGACACCCCUUCCACUUGGGGAGAAGAUCGUGCCCCCCAGAGGCUCUACCCAGCAGAGGACCCUCUCUUCCCUCCUCCUCAACACCCCUCCUGGGGCAGGGAGUGCCUCCACCUGCAUCUCCACCCUCCUGGCCCCAGGGCCCUGGAGCGGUCAAGCUGAGAUGACGGUCAAGCUGGAUUUCGAGGAGUGUCUUAAGGACUCGCCCCGCUUCCGAGCCUCUAUCGAACUGGUGGAAGCUGAAGUGUCGGAAUUGGAGACGCGGCUGGAAAAGCUCCUCAAGCUGGGGAAUGGCCUCCUGGAGAGUGGGCGCCACUACCUUGCCGCCAGCCGCGCCUUCAUUGUUGGCAUUUGUGACCUGGCCCACCUGGGGCCCCCAGAGCCCAUGAUGGCGGAGUGUCUGGACAAAUUCACUCAGAGCCUGAGCCACAAGCUGGACAGCCAUGCAGAGCUUCUAGAUGCCACCCAGCACACACUGCAGCAGCAAAUCCAAACCCUGGUCAAGGAAGGUCUCCGAGGCUUCCGAGAGGCUCGCAGGGAUUUCUGGAAGGGAGCUGAGAGCCUCGAGGCUGCUCUUAUCCACAAUGCAGAAGUCCCCAGGCGCCGGGCCCAGGAGGCCGAAGAGGCAGGAGCUGCUUUGAAGAUUGCUAGAGCUGGGUACCGAGGACGGGCACUGGAUUAUGCCCUGCAGAUCAACGUGAUUGAGGACAAGAGGAAGUUUGACAUCAUGGAGUUUGUGCUGCGUUUGGUGGAGGCCCAGGCUACCCAUUUCCAGCAGGGCCAUGAGGAGCUAAGCCAGCUGGCCCAGUACCGCAAGGAGCUGGGUGGCCAGUUACACCGGCUGGUCUUGAAUUCAGCUCGAGAGAAGAGGGACAUGGAGCAGAGACACGUGUUGCUGAAACAGAAGGAGCUGGGUGGGGAGGAGCCAGAGCCAAGCCUAAGGGAGGGGUCUGGUGGCCUGGUCAUGGAAGGACAUCUCUUCAAACGAGCCAGCAACGCAUUUAAGACCUGGAGCAGACGCUGGUUCACUAUUCAGAGCAACCAACUGGUUUAUCAGAAGAAGUACAAGGACCCUGUGACUGUGGUGGUGGAUGACCUGCGUCUCUGCACAGUGAAGCUCUGUCCCGACUCAGAAAGGCGGUUCUGCUUUGAGGUGGUGUCCCCCAGCAAGUCCUGCCUCCUGCAGGCUGACACAGAGCGCCUCGUACAGCUGUGGGUCAGUGCCGUGCAGAGCAGCAUCGCUACAGCCUUCAGCCAGGCUCGCCUUGAUGGUAGCCCCCGGGGUCCAGGCCAGGGCUCAGGACACCUGGCCAUGGGCUCCGCUGCCACCCUAGGCAGUGGCGGGUCCACCAGGGGAAGGGAGCCUGGCGGAGUAGGGCAUGUGGCAGCCCAGGUGCAGAGCGUGGACGGCAACGCCCAGUGCUGUGACUGCCGGGAGCCAGCCCCUGAGUGGGCCAGCAUCAACCUUGGAGUCACCCUCUGCAUUCAGUGCUCCGGCAUCCACAGGAGCCUUGGAGUUCAUUUCUCCAAAGUCCGGUCUCUGACCCUUGACUCGUGGGAGCCGGAACUUGUGAAGCUCAUGUGCCAGCUGGGAAACGUGGUCAUGAACCAGAUCUAUGAGGCCCGUGUGGAGGCCAUGGCGGUAAAGAAGCCAGGGCCCAGCUGCUCCCGGCAAGAGAAGGAGGCCUGGAUUCACGCCAAAUAUGUGGAAAAGAAGUUCCUGACCAAGCUUCCUGAGAUUCGAGGGCGAAGAGGUGGCCGGGGGCCCCCAAAGGGGCAGCCUCCUGUGCCCCCAAAGCCGGGGAACAUCAGGCCCCGGCCAGGAAGCUUCAGAUCCAAGCCAGAGCCAACCUCUGAUGACCUGGGCAGCCUGCACCCUGGGGCCUUGCUCUUUCGAGCUGCUGGACAUCCUCCAUCCCUUCCCACUAUGGCUGAUGCUCUCGCCCAUGGAGCCGAUGUCAACUGGGUCAACGGGGCUCAGGAGAAUGCCACACCGCUGAUCCAGGCCACAGCUGCUAAUUCUCUGCUAGCCUGUGAGUUUCUCCUCCAGAACGGGGCAAAUGUGAACCAAGCAGACAACCACGGUCGGGGCCCACUCCACCACGCAACCAUUCUUGGCCACACCGGGCUGGCCUGCCUAUUCCUGAAACGGGGGGCCGAUUUGGGAGCUCGGGACUCCGAAGGCAGAGACCCCUUGACCAUCGCCAUGGAAACCGCCAACGCUGACAUCGUCACUCUGCUACGGUUGGCAAAAAUGAGAGAAGCUGAAGCCGCCCAGGGCCAGGCUGGAGACGAAACGUAUCUGGACAUCUUCCGCGACUUCUCCCUCAUGGCAUCCGAUGACCCGGAGAAGCUGAGCCGGCGUAGUCAUGACCUCCACACACUUUGAUCCCAGGGCUUCGCGGGCCCCCACCGCCUGCGCCUACCCUCCCCACCGCCGGCCCCUUCACCAUUAAAGCCUUUGUGCUUUGCUCUUCCCUUCAAA